CAACUGGUGGCGAAUCGUGCAUUGACUAGUGAACGGUCCCGAAGCUGUGAGCCCCCCAUUAGUAUCGCAGUAUCAAAAGGGAACGAGCUCACGUUAUUUUAUCCGCAGUCGCAAACUAUCCGAAAAUGACAACUGUUGGAUCGACCCUCUGCUGGAAAGCCUCGAUUCUGAUAUUAGUUAUCGGGAAUUCGGCUGCUAUUGUUUGGAACGGAGAUGGAACCGACACACGCUGGGCACUCCAGUGUGACUUUAUAGGUCGAGAUUUCAAGAAUCAGAUUAGCCCUGGAGACCGAUGCGGAUCGCUUUGCAAGGAGAAUUCUCCCUGCAGCCACUUUACCUGGACCAAUUAUAACGGGGGAACCUGCUGGAUGAAAUCUGGCUCCGUGUCGGAAUUCGAUGCAGUGUCGAAAACAAAUGAUGAGGCGGUUUGCGGAUUCCUUCAGCAGACAAAUAACAGUGGAUGGAAGGUUGCUGGAAACCUGAAGUGGGCAUCCAAUUGCGAAUUUAUGGGUCGGGAUAUGAUGGCAGUGGCGAGCACUGCUGAGCAAUGCCGCGAAAAAAUAUGCCAAUCAAACCCGGAAUGCAGUCACUUCACUUGGACAAACCAUCAAGGCGGUACUUGCUGGUUGAAAAAAAACGGCGCUUCGGAUUGUGACGUCGUUGCGAAAACAGAUUCCGGCGCAGAAUGUGGUUUCAAGAAUAUUUAAUCAUUCCAGAAUUCGCUUUUUCCUCUUAUUGUUAUUGAUUAAAGAAUUUUUUUUAAUCCAGUAAUUCUGUGUAUUAAGGAAUCAGAUGCCUCUAAGCCGAAAGCAAUAAUAUUUUCCUUAUAGUAUUAAGCAUA